GUUUUCCCCGCGCAUCGGUCACGUUUGUGUCUCAGGUUAUCUGGUUUUUGAAAGUUCAAAAAACUCUCUCUCUUUGUCUCUCUCUACUGUAAUAAAGGAAAGCUUUGAAACCUGAAAGAUAUGGGUCGAGGUCUCCAAGGAGAAACAUUAAUGUCCGCCGUUGUGUGUUACCGUUUAAAAAAGAAGGAAACUAGAGCGAAUCGAACAUUGACGAUGGAGCCAUUGCUUCAACUAACUUUCACCUCUUCUUGCCAUUUUUGGACAUUCAUUCUUCAAUUUCUUGCGUUCUUGUCCAUUCAUUUCUCUGCAACACGAUUCGGUUUCCGACUUGUGUGUUUCUAAGAUCAGAGAUUCACCAGGGCAGCUGUUUUUUUUAAUAUUUUUUUAUUUAUAGAUUUUACUCUUUUUUUUCACGUUUACAAUAAGAUGUAAAAGAAGAUAAAAAGAUGGGUUUCCGAUCAUGAUUUUUCUCGGAUUCUUCCGUGGUCUUCACGACACAUCGUCGUCUUCCUUUUCCGAGAUUUACGAUCUAGAUUCUUGUUCAAAGAUCGAGAAUUUAGUCUUUUAUACCUGAGUAUGGAGAGGGUUCAGAAGUGGCAUGGUCGGGAAAGACCCUCCCAUGGAGACGCAGCAAAGAUCAGAAACCUCUCUCAUAAGAAAUUGGGCGUUCCUCUUGUUUUGGCGGGAAGUGUUCUUUCAGAAGGAGAUUGGCAGAGCAGGAAAUCAGUAGACUCCUUAAACGAUACGUGUUUUUCUAGUUCUUGUAGUAGUGGUUCUGGAGAUGAAAAUUCAUUUAUGUAUGAUUUGAGGAGAAGUUCUUCAAAACAAGCCAGUGGGACUCCGACAAAGAAGCUAUUAGCGGAAGAAUCGUCAAAAGAUAUGGAAUCCAAGCGCCGUCCUCCAAGUGUUAUUGCAAGAUUGAUGGGUCUUGAUGCCCUGCCACCUCAGCAGCCUGUCCAUAAGCAACCAAAAAUCUUCUCAGAAAACUACCUCCAGAAAACUGCAUCUAUAGAGAAUAAGCCAUCAUAUGAGUCCCGUUCCUUGAGAAGGAAGCAAAAUAAGGAGCAUAUAGAAUUCAAGGAUGUCUUUGAAGUCCUGGAAACAUCAAAGACAGAGGAGCAGAGUCAGCCAUCAGUUCAGAAAGGUUUAGCAAAUGCUAAACCUAGAGAAGCAAAGAUGGCAUUCAUAAAGCAGAAAUUCAUGGAUGCAAAACGUCUAUCCACUGAUGAGGAGCUUCGACAAUCAAAGGAAUUCCAUGAUGCACUAAAUGUGUUAGACUCCAAUAAGGAUCUCUUACUAAAAUUUCUUCAAGAACCAGAUUCUCUGUUCACAAAACAUAUCUGUGAUCUCCAUAAGGACCCACCCCCACAUCAAUUUGGUCACGGAAGUGUCUCAAAAUCAGCAAAUGCUUCAAAGCAUGCACACACUGACAUAUGCUGGAAAGCCGAGCGUAAAACUGACCAGUGGGAAGCCAUGAACUCAUUUCAGAAAGAGUUUUGCCAUGGUAGAGAUGGUUCCUACAAUUUGUCUAAAAACAUUAAAUCUCGAUCUGAAGAGAAGAAUGAGGACUGUGGUAUUCCUAAUCCUACCAGGAUUGUUGUUUUGAAACCCAACACUGGAAAGGCACAGAUUGCGUCAAGAUCUGCCAAUGCAUCAAGAUCUGCCUCGUCAAGUUCUUCCAUAAGCUUCCAGUCGGGAUGCAGGAUACAUGGUGAAUCUCAAAGUUGUGAGAACCAUCAGUUAUUUGCAGAGGUGUGGAAUAGGAAAAAUUCAUCAAACAAUAUGAGGCAUAGAUCUAAAAGUUCCAAAGAAAUCUCAAAGGAGAUCACUAGACAAAUGAGACAAGGUGAAAGCAAUAGUUCUGUAAGGGUGUCCAGCUUAGGGCCUAGAAGUUAUGCUGGGGAUGAGAGCUCAUACAGUGUGGCGGGGAUGGAUUCUGCAAAUGAAUUGGAGGCUGUGCCACCAACUUCUAGACAUAUUCUUGACCAGAAGAACAAGUACAGCCCAUCAACUUCAUGUUCAACUGAGUCAUCUGUACACAUGGAGGCAAAGAAACAACUCUCAGAAAGGUGGAAGAUGACUAGCAGGUUUCAAGAAGUGGGAUUGGUUGGUAAAGGCAGCAGCCGCAGCACGCUUGGUGAGAUGCUUGCUAUGCCUGAUAGAGAAAUCCAGACAUUCAACUUGGGAUCAUGUGAUGGCUUGACAAAAAAUGAUGGAAUGGCAAGGUGGGGAAGCCCUAUUGGUAUUAGCAGUAGAGAUGGUUGGAAAGACGGCUAUUCUAGAGAUCCACGGGGGUCUAAAUCUGUUCCAGAGUUGUCUUUUGUAUUUGGAAGUCCAAAAUCAGGCAUUGGCCAUGGAGCUAUACGAGAUGACAGGUGUUUGAUGUCAAAAAAUAUCAAUCAGGGAUCGUAUAGGUCAAGAGUCAGAAAUUCCAACCACACAGAAGAUUCCUUUCUCAGGAACAUAAGAUCCAAGAAUGAAAAAUAUUGCUCUUCUUUUAGCACAAACAGGGAAAAUAAUCAUGUUGAACAGGCAACUCAUCUGAGCCUGUACAAACCGAAAGGGAAUCUAGUAGAGAGGGAUCAAGCUGAUCAAAAACUUAUUAUUCCUGAACCACUCUCUUGUGAUGUGGCGGACAAGAGGUCGAUUGUUGAGGAAGUUCUUAAAACUCGGGAUACGAACAGGCUAACUGAAACUCCUGAAGAGAAAAUGCCUGAAUCAACAGCUUGCAUCAUGCUAGAUACCGUUGGAGACUCCAUUCACGACACUAAUGAAUCAAUUCUAAAGGAUUCACCAGAUCAGUCCACUGAGGAAGGUUCGCUGUCUGCAAACUGUUCUUUACCUGAACCAGAAUCUCCAGGAAGUUUCAAGGAGGUUGAUCAACCUAGUCCAGUUUCAGUUCUAGAGCCAUUUGUGGAAGACAUGUCAUCGGGUUCUGAGUGCUUCGAGAGGGUUAGUGCUGAUCUAAAUGGUCUUCGGACGCAGCUUCAACUUCUCAAGUCGGAGACCUCAGACCCAUACGGAGAUGAAUUUGGAAUGAAUGUCUCAAGUGAUGAAGAGACAUGGGAAGAAUCUGUAAAUCAUUUAGAAGAGAAAGGCAAAAAUUUGGGCAUAUUGAGGACUGGGGGGAAUAGAGACUUCUCCUAUGUUAUUGAUGUGUUUGUUGACACGGGUUUCGAUGGUGUGCAUCAGGAAAUUGUUUUGGCAGCGUGGCACUCGCUGGAAUGCCCUAUAGGCCUUGAGAUGUUUGAGAAGCUUGAGAAGAAGUAUGGGGAGCAAUUGACAUGGCCAAGGUCAGAAAGGAGGUUGUUAUUUGAUCGUAUAAACCAUGGGUUGAUGGAUAUUUUUUGGCCAUGCAUGGACCCGCACCCUUGGGUGAAGCCAGCGAUGAGAAGAUUAUCUACUCCUUGUGGAGAGCAUCUUGUGGAAGAGCUUUGGAAAUUGCUGGUGGACCGGGGGCAAAAAGGAAGUAAUGAGGCAUCAGAGAAGGGUUUGGAGAGGGAGAUGAGGUGGUUGGAGCUAGGGGAUGAAAUUGAUAUAGUUGGCAAGGAAAUAGAGAAAUUGUUACUUGAUGAGCUGAUAGAGGAGGUGAUUAGCAUGUAAAGAGUUGUUACCACAUAUGGUUCUGUCUUAUCUUUCCUCUUUCUCUUUUCUAAUUUUGUAGGUGGAUACGGAUACAUACUUAUAUUGAAAUGAGUGUAAAAGAUGAUAAAUUCAAUCUUCCAUUUUGAAAGGAAAUUUAAUGGAACAGUAAUAUGAGUAUUCCUUACUAGA